AUGUCCGAUCAAAAACUCGAUAAUCCACAUGAGGAAGAAACUAAAUCGGAUUCGAAAAUUAAUACGCCAAAUGAGCAAGAAACUGAGUCGGUUUCGAAAAUCGGUACACCAAAUGAGGAGGAAACUACAGAUUCAAAAAUAGGUGAUCCGAAUGAGCAAGAAACUACGGAUUCAAAAGCUGGUGAUCUAAAUGAGGUAGAAGCUAUAUCAGAUUCGAAAAUUGGUACUGCAAACGAGCAAGAACCUGUGCCGGAUUCAAAAAUUGAAACAUCAAAUGAGCAAGAAACUCUGUCGGGUGAAAAAAUCGAUACACAAGAUGAUCAAAAUGAGCGAAAAAGUAUGUUAGAUUCAGAAUUGGAGACCCAAACUGAGCCAAAAUCGACACUAGAGGACAAAACUGAAAAAUAUUCCGAAUUCAUAACUGAGAAAACCGAACCUUUACCUUAUGGCGAUUUUUUCGACGAUGCGGAACCUUUAAUAAAUAAAGUUGACGCAGCAAUAAUUGAAGAAGAAUUAACAGAUUUAGCCGUUGAAGUAGUUGAAAAAGAGGAAAAAAUCACCCGUGCAUCUGAAAAAUUAGAGAAAAUAGAAAAAAUAAACUUACCAGAUAAUGUUAAGGCCAGUAGUAGAAGAGUAACUCUGGUUGAUGAUAAGAGGAAAAGUUUUUUUAACAGAAAAAGUAUUUCUUUUCGUUUUUCAAUAACUCCAGAAGGUAAAGGUAAUAAAAUAUUCAGAAGUAGUGUCAACUAUGACGCCUUUCCGAGAUUAGGAAUUGAGGGUACCAAGAGAGUUAGUGGUGAUUUUAAAGAAAGUAGCAUAGUCGAAGAUAAAACUGCAUGGUUAAGUCUUUUAGAAUAUACAGAUACUGAUGAGUCGGAAGAAGAGGAAGAAAAAUUAGAAGAAGAAGAGCCCAAAAGAGAAAUAGGUGAACAGAUAUCUAGACACGAUUAUUACGAAAAACAUGCGAAACUUAAACAAGAAAUUUCGGCACGUACAAUAGAAAAUAACAUUCUCCAAAGAAAAAUCGCCAUAUAUUUUAGAAGAAAAAAUAUGGAUUAUGCUUGGAAAGAUUCUGGACAUGGUUUCGAAAACAAAAACCUAUACCACCAGCGUUUAGAAGAGUAUUCAAAUGUUAUUAAACACGAUAAUGCCAAACGAAACACAACAGAUACACAAAUGCAAACUCUUAGAGAUGCAAUAGAGCGUAGAAGUAAAUUUUUGGAAGAAUUAUUCCACGAUUUUCAAAAAAAAGAAAAAGAUGUAGGCCUUGGUCUAAUUUAUAAUAAAACAGGUACUGAAAUUCCCGAAAAACUCGUUCUACAAUAUCUGAAUCGACAAAAAACAAACUUGGAAAAAUUAACUUCUAUGAGAUUAGUAUUUUUACAACUGAAACGAUUGGUUACAGAAAAAGAAUCAGCAAUACAAUCUAUAAAUACAGUUGAUGAAGAGCAUCGUUUACACGAUUUCGAGAAAUUGAGAGACGACAAUAAAAUAUUUUCCGACAAAAUUGAAGAGAAAUUAGCCGAGCUGACUGCAUUGAGAUGUAGAAAUAACGAUACUAUACAAAUCCUUGCUCACCUCAAAGAAAAAAUAGCAGCUUUCGAUUCUGACAUAAUGGACUUGAAAGAUCUCCUAAAGUCUGUUGAAUCCAAUGUGGAAGAAGUAAGAUCGCGUCUAAUGCAUUCAAAAAAAGAAAGAGACGCGUAUCGUACAAUGCUCGUUAAAUUACAAGAAGACUCAGGUCUACUAACAGAACGAGUAUUACUCAAAGAUAUGGAGCGUUGUUCACAAGAAGUGAAUAUACUUAAAGAGCAGCUGAAAAGUUUAACCACCGAAUGCGGCUCUAAUAUUAAAAAAAUCAGGCGCAUACGUAAAUUAAUCGAAGAACGUAUGGAAUCUUCUACAAAGAAAACCAUACAGAAAGAUAAAAAGCGUAUAAAAAGUUUCCGGAAAAGACUGAGUAAAGAAGAACCAACUACUUUUAAUCCCAUUCUACCUGAAGGUGUGAUGGAUCAUCAUUAUUUCGAACAAUUUCAGCCCACCGUAACUAGAAUUAACUUAAACAAGCAAGAUUAG